CAAUAGUUUACAAAUAGAAAAUACAAAUUACAAAAUAGCUCGGCAUGUCGAAUUUAACACUUUUGCCUGAAGUUUUUUAGUUUCUACUACAGGAUCUGAAAGUGAAAUGUUCAGUGAAAUUCGGCCCAAUCGUGGCUCACAAAAAUACGCAAGUUAUUUCAUAUGACAAGUAGAAAACAAACUGUUCAAGGCGAGUGUAUUAUGAAUGAACAACAGCCGAAUUCACUAGGAAAUGAAGAUCGCUCGGAAUGACAGCGCCGUAAAACUCGGUUGCAGUGACUGAUCUGGCCUCCCACUCAACGCAUCGGAAAGGUAAUCAGGGCAAGCUCUUAUUUUUUCACUCGAAGGGUAGUCGAUUCAGUUCCUGAGGCUCGCUCCACUGCGAUGACCGAUGAUCGCCAUGAUUAGCGAGCUGCGAUAGACCUUAAGUCGCUCUGACACCGUCAUGAUUAGUAUGAAUUUUAACAGUUAUGCCAGGCUAUAUUUUUCAUCAUUCCUGUUUUUUUCUGUUUGAAAUCGAAACUUUAUAUAUUAUACAAGUGUUAGCUGUGUUUGAUUUUUAUUACCGUACGUAAAUUCGCAAUCUAACUGAGCGUGAAAACCGUUAAAAAAACUCGGACUGUCUAUCUUGUUUUAUCUUUGAGGAUUUUUGUCUCUGCUCACGUUACAGUAACGUAAAUUACUGCGCCUGGAAUUUUUGCAAACCUUUGCUCGCUUGUUCCGAAAUUUCACUUUCAAUUAACGAAAGAAAAGCUAGAAAGAAGCCCCUUCUUCUCGUGGAACUUAUUCUUGGAAUGUGGAAUGAUCAAAUGAUCCUCUCGCUUUAAGACAAUUGUUUUAUUUUUGCAACCUUUGAUUUGUCAAAUAACCGUCUUUUUAUAGUUUUACAACACAGCGAGAGGUAAUGAAAGGAUGAAAUUAUUUUCAAAACAAGAUACGGCGAUGAGCUCGUUCAGGUCAAGGCGGCUAUUCUAUUCAAUGAGUAAAAAGGGUACAUUUCUAAAGAAACUGAGGAGCUUCAUCAGGGGAAGAGUAUAAAAGGGUAAUUAAGUAUCAUUGACUGAGUUGAACGUAAAUUGGCCACCGUAAAGAGUUAAAAAGUUGACGUUGCGAGCGUUAGCCCUUCGUCAGAACGAUUGUCGAAGGGCUAACGCUCGCAACGUCAACUUUGAAACUAUUUACGGUGGCCAAUUUACGUUACCAACUUAGGUGAUAAUACCUAACAACCCUAUUCAGUAUUAAAUGGUUUAUCGAUAACAUGGCACCUUGCUGCGUAAUCGCGGGUGGUCUCUAAUUUUAGAAAUUUAUGCGCAGAAUGGAAUACGUAAGCCAAGCAAUUUCUUUCAGUUUAAAAAUAGUGCAACAGCAUUGUUGCCUUAUCACAACAUUCCUCUUAGUAAUAUUUUUAGUCCGUGAUCACUAUCAUUCCAGGCAUUGAAACGAGAAACACCUCUCCCGUAGACUUUGGUUGUUUUGGUUUCGUGAGUCAAUGUUGUCGCCUGCACUUGACCCGAAACGCAAGUAAUUGUUUUGGCAAUUAAAAUAACUCAAUGAUAUAUAUGUAUAUCGAAAAAAGUUGACCAGUUUGAGAAGAAUUGAUUGACUACGGAAAUAUCGAUAAAGUUUCAUCUCACGCAUGCCUAGACCAAAGAUACUAUCGGCAAAGUGACGAACUUUUCCAUUGGCAAGUUGAAGUUCUAAAAACGAGAAGUCUUUUUUUCCAAUUUUAUUACGAUGCGGCUCGCAAAGGGACAAUGGGAAUUCCAUAAAAGUUUCAGUAGAUUCAACUACUGAAGAAAUUCAACCACUGAAGAAAUUCAACCACAUGACUGCACAUAACAUUUACAUUUAAAACUGGAGUUUAUUUUCCAGAGUUGCGUGACGAGAAGGUUACUAAGGUAAUCUGUUUACCCUUGAAUUCUCACAAGCGUACGUAAAUGGGAAAACAAAGAAGCAGAGUAUACUAUUGUUCGCCAAAUCGCGAUGACCGCCAAAUUAUUUACGCUUCGCCUAACUGACGAAGAAAUUCUCUGGGUACUUGACGACCAGACAAAAGAACACAGCUCUCCGGAGAUAAAGAAGCUGCAACUUGGUCAAGAUUCAAUCGCUAUCUAAUCAAGAUUUUCAACAUCAGAUUUAUUCAAGAAUCUUCACAAUGAUAAGAAAUAGUAUUCACGUUGACUGAAGAUCAGGUCAACUUCAAAGAUCGGUCAACAAUAUGAAACAUUGACAACACGUAACCCGCGUAACGUGAUAGUAGAAAGAAGUAGAGAGUGUUUAAACGGUUUUUAAGUACGUGCCUAAGGGGUUUCCGCUAAUUCUCUGCGAGACAAAUCAAAGCAGGUUGGGUCGUUUAUGAAUUUAAUUAACUUCGGUGCGUAUUUUUGUUCAUUUGUAUGGACAUUGCUUGAAUCUUAAAAAGGUAAAUUACCUCGACAUAGUACACCUCACCCGCAAAAUUUUAUUUAUCAGUUAAUGGAGAAGCUUUACAAGGCACGUAGUGAAACCUACCUUUGGCGGGUAAAACCGAAAUUCUGGAAAGAGCCUUUGCCGAAGCAGAAGAAAAAACUAACCAAAGGAAAGAGCUUCCUUCCGCAUUCGCCUCCAUCUUAUCGUUUUAUAAACAACAACUUCAGUAGUUUGGUAUCGUCUGAAGAAGGAGAUUUUUGCCAGCUUAAAGAUUGCGCUAUGUUCAGAAGAAGACCAAGUUGGCAUAGGAGACGCUUUGUGCUGUUGGAAGAUAAGCUAUACUGUUAUGAGAAGAGGGAAGAAGUGCUGGUGUUCUUCGAGAUCACAAUGAUGUCCAAUGUCACGUCUUUGACUGUUCAGAACUCUAUAUGCAUUAAGAUUUCCCAGGUUGAUGGGAGUACUAGAAUGUUGAGAUUCUCGUCUACAGAAGUCAGAAACGCUUGGCUCACGGCCUUAUUGACAGCUAAGGCAGUCAAUUUACUGAAGUACCAGUAAUACUUUUAGAGGCAUCACUACUUCAGUAAAUAAUCGGAACAUUCAAGCAUGUAAUUAUUCAAGUUAAAUUCUCUCCAGGUAUAAAUAUACUCUUGGACUACUGAUAAGGUUUGAAACAAUAUUGUAAUCAUGAUAAUGACAAGACAUUUUUUAAAAUCUCCUCAGGAAAAAUGUAAAAAAUUUCAAGGUUAAAGUUAAGUCAAGGUUAAAACAGUAUUUAUUUAGUCGUUCAAGGUACACAAAUAUAAAUUCCCAUGAAAUUGUUGCGCUCUUAUUUUGUAAAGCCUUUUCAUUUAAGUGACCACUGAGAUAAUU